AUGGCACCCCUAUUCCUUCUAACCAUGUUAUGCCUUACUCCAUUCCUGGUUGCCGCACACACCGAAAAUUUCAAUUUCGUUCAAAAUCUCGCCCGUCAAGCAGGUGUCAAUUUGGACCUAACUGGAAAACAAUCUUAUGCCAUCUACGAAACCAUCCCUGACACAGCUACAAAUGGGCCGGUCCGACCAAGCCUUACACGGAUGAAGAAAUACUCGAUUUUGCUGCAACAUGGUGCCGGCAAUUUGUCCAUCAAAGAUAUGAUACCUUUCUAA